AUGACACGACCGCUUUUGACCCAGCGGACUCGGACCUUUUUGAGCGGCAGGAGGCAGCGCUCUCCAUUUGGACGGAGAAGCUCAAGGGGAAACAGCGGCUCUUCGCGGAGCAAGAGCACAUCUUCGAGGGAACUCGCCUGGCUCUGGGCGGGCCUCGGAGAUGCCGCGUUCCCCACCUGCUGCCUCACCUGCACCGGAGCAUUCGCCGCGGAGAGUGGACGUUUCACGCCGCGCUGCGGCCGUUCCCCUCUCGCGGGUCCGCUCCUCGCUCACGCGCCAUCUGCCUCAUUCACCGGACCUUCAACCUCGCCACGGCACAGCGGCUCCGCCUCCCACCUCGGCUCAACAGAGGCUCCCGCGCCAGAGGCUCGGAUGUGUACCCCGCCCGCUUCCUCUUCCCGGAGAAAGCGGCGCACACGCCGCCAUAAAAUGGACUAUUUCCAGCAAUUCCCGGUGGUGAGUUCCAGUGACUGUUUUCCACCCUCAUUCGAUUCCUCAUUUAAAACCACCGAUGAACCCAUCUCUGAUUCAUGGGAUGUUUCCCUCCUGGAGGAUUCUGUGGACUGGGAAGAUUUUUUCUGUUCUGUAAAUAGUGAUGGCAGAGAGACCAGACUAAAACCCGUUAGACCUGUCAGUGUCACUCACCCAGUUGUUAUUUCCACUCCUAUCAGCCAGCCUACACCCACACCUGUGCCAGCUCCCAGGAGGAGGGCAGCUGCGACCCAGUCUACCUCCACACCCGCUCCUGUUUCUCGGGUGGGGGUGACUGGUGUCCAGCCACCUCCCGUGCCUGUCCCAGCGCCUAGGCUGAAGGCAGCUAAAACCCAGCCUGACCUCCCUAGAGUCUCGGAAGAGCUAGCCUCUCCAUCUGCUACUUCACCUCUUCAUCCACCUCCUGAUCCAGCCUUUCACGCCCUCGCAUUAUCACUGGUUAGGCUAGCUCAGGCUGCUCCUGUCCAGUCACCUGCAGCUCAGGCGGCUCCUGUCCAGUCACCUGCAGCUCAGGCGGCUCCUGUCCAGUCACCUGCAGCUCAGGCGGCUCCUGUCCAGUCACCUGCAGCUCAGGCGGCUCCAGUCCAGUCACCUGCAGCUCAGGCGGCUCCAGUCCAGUCUGUAGUUCAGUCUCCUCCCGUUCUCCAGUCUUCUGUAGUUCAGUCUCCUCCCGUUCUCCAGUCACCUGCAGCUCAGGCGGCUCCUCCCGUUCUCCAGUCACCUGCAGCUCAGGCGGCUCCUCCCGUUCUCCAGUCACCUGCAGCUCAGGCGGCUCCAGUCCAGUCUGUAGUUCAGUCUCCUCCCGUUCUCCAGUCUCCUGUAGUUCAGUCUCCUCCCGUUCUCCAGUCUCCUGUAGUUCAGUCUCCUCCAGUCCUCCAGGCCCCCGUAGUCCAGUCUGCUCCCGUCCUCCAGGCCCCCGUAGUCCAGUCUGCUCCCGUCCUCCAGGCCCCCGUAGUCCAGUCAGUUCAGUCUGUCAUCCAGCACCCUGUGGUUCAGUCACCCGUUCUCUCACCUUCUGUAGUCCAAUCUUCUGUAGUCCAGUCACUGAUUCACCAUCCAUUCCAGUUCCCGGACCCGAAGCCACAGCGUCCAGAGCCAGCUGUGAGCUCUCCCGGUCUGCAGCCAGGGGUUUCCGCACCCGCUGGCCCGGCCGCUCCUCAGCCAGGGGCCUCCGCGCCUCCUGGCCCGGCCUGUCUCCAGCCAGGGGCCUCCGCGCCUCCUGGCCCGGCCUGUCUCCAGCCAGGGGCCUCCGCGCCUCCUGGCCCGGCCUGUCUCAAGCCAGAGGCUUCCGCACCUAUUGACUCUGCAGCUGUUGCUCCAUCACCGCCGGCUCCCAUGCAGUCGCCUGGCACAGCCUUGGCCUCGGCUUCUGCUCCGCCCGGUCCAGACUCAGCUUCGCCUGGUCCUGCGGCUGCCACGCCGCCGCCCGAGCCUGCACCUCGGAAUCGCUGGCCACUUUCCAGGCCAACAGCUGGACGUCAUCGCCAGCGUGGUCGACCACCGGACCUCCUCAGUGGCCGCCGCCGUCUUCCUCGCGGCCGCCCACCGGACCUCCUCAGUGGCCGCCGCCGUCUUCCUCGCGGCCGCCCACCGGACCUCCUCAGUGGCCGCCACCGUCUUCCUCGCGGCCGCCCACCAGAUCACCUCCAGCGUCGCCGCCGGCCGCGUGGCCGCCCACCUGAACCGUCUUGUCUCGGCCACCGGCCGCAUGGCCGCCCACCAGAACUGUCUCGUCUCGGCCACCAGCCGCGUGGCCGCCCACCAGAACUGUCUUUGUUUUGGACUCCGUCCCUCCGUCCUCGGCCCCCUCCGCCCGCCCUGUCUCGGUUUUUCUUUCGGCCGUCGGGUGCCGGCCUUUGA